ACUGCGAUUUGGUAAGGCGUGGCGGGUGACAUUAGUAAUAUUCUUCACAUCUUGUGAAUGGGUAAACAAUUGCUGUAAAAUUAUCCUUUUUCAAGUUUGAAUGUACUCAUAAUUGAUGUUAUAAUAAUAAAAGGCAACAAGCUAUCAUGACUGCCGGAAAGCAAGAAUAUCACCGAGCGUCGAAUGCAGUGGUUUUUGGUGGGAUUAUUAGCUAUGUGGCUCUGAUGCUGUUGGUUAUUUCAUUUACUAGUCCAUAUUGGAUCCAGUCAUACCAGGAAACAUUCAGUCAUUUCAAACAUAUGGGAUUAUGGGAAUGCUGUUUCCAUGAAUUUCGGUACCCAGCCUGGCAAUUUGAUAAAUUAUUCAAUGGCUGUCAUCAUGUAUUUUCCCAGGAGUUUUAUGUCAUCCGGGAAUGGUUGUUACCAGGCUGGCUGUUGACUGUACAGGCAUUUGUAACGCUUGCCUUAAUUUUCUCUUUUGUGGGUCAAACAAUUGUUUCCAUGAUCGUAAUUAGAUGGCCGUUGAGAUUUGUGUUACGGUACGAGUGGCUUCUCUCUUGCAUUGCAUUUGUAUGCAAUAUUUCAGCUGGAGUUUUACUUUUUCUCGCUGUAGCCAUUUUUGGGGGACAAUGUUGGCGUCGUGAUUGGAUGAUGUAUCCUAAUUUUAAUUAUUUGUCGUGGUCGUUCGGUCUUGCAGUUAUUUCCUUCAUGUUUCAUUCCUUGGGGGCAUUUCUUUUAUAUUUAGAUGCCCGAACAGGUUAUAGAUUACGCAAGGAAUCUAGAAAUCUGGUAAUGCAAAUGCAACCAAAUCCUCAAAGUCAUCACGGUUCGCAGCGCAGCGGUUAUAUAUAAUUUUAACCUUUUUUGGAAAAGGGGAAACAGGAUAAAUGAAGUUUCUAAUUGCUCUACCGUGAAAGUGUUUGGUUAAUCUAUAGGGGUCUGUUACUCUUAUAAUAGAGCUCAUGAAAGGCAAGGCCCUUUCCGUAUCUUUCAUUCCGUCCAUUAUAAAAACGUUAUAUAUGAAAACGCGAACCGUCCGUUUUAGAUUCACGUUUUAGUAGUAUGCUAACAAUUGCUAUAAAAAAAGUUAUAGGUAAAGUUAACGCUAAGUUUUUCUUAAGAUUUUUUUCUAACGAUCAGUUUAAAAUAAAACAGACCGUAAAAUUUUCUAAAAAUGAAAUUAGAAAAUGUAUAAAACACAAAGUGCCUGUACGCAAUUAAUACAUUUCGUAAUAUAGAUUUAUCGAAUCAUUAUUAAAGAAUAAGUAUUAUCGUGCCUAGAGCAGUAUCUAAAAAAAGAAUUAGGAAUUAAGGAAAUGCCUUGGAUUCUUUUGUGAAUUAAUGUAACUUAAAGCGGUAAACCUUGUGCAUUAGUCAGAAUUAAGAUGAUUAAUCUUCGGCAUUGUACAACUAGGACAACGAAGUACUAGUUUGAACGGCAAACGUAAGGAGUUUCAACAAAGCGAAUAAAAAAAAA